GUCGUCGAGCCGUACAACUCGGUGCUCUCGACGCACUCGCUGCUCGAACACACGGACGUGGCCGUGAUGCUCGACAACGAAGCCAUCUACGACAUUUGCCGUCGGUCGCUGGACAUUGAGCGUCCCACGUACACCAACUUGAACCGCCUCAUUGCGCAGGUCAUCUCGUCGCUCACGGCGUCGCUGCGCUUUGACGGUGCGCUGAACGUCGACGUGACCGAGUUCCAGACCAACCUCGUGCCGUACCCGCGCAUCCACUUUAUGUUGUCGUCGUACGCGCCGGUCAUUUCGGCCGAGAAGGCGUACCACGAACAGCUCUCGGUGGCCGAGAUCACCAACUCGGCGUUCGAGCCGGCGUCGAUGAUGGCCAAGUGCGACCCGCGCCACGGCAAGUACAUGGCGGCGUGCCUCAUGUACCGCGGCGACGUGGUGCCCAAGGACGUGAACGCGGCCGUGGCGACGAUCAAGACGAAGCGUACGAUCCAGUUCGUCGACUGGUGCCCCACGGGCUUCAAGUGCGGCAUCAACUACCAGCCGCCAACGGUCGUGCCGGGUGGCGAUCUUGCGCGUGUCCAGCGCGCCGUGUGCAUGAUCUCCAACACGUCGGCGAUCGCCGAGGUCUUCUCGCGCAUCGAUCACAAGUUCGACUUGAUGUACGCCAAGCGCGCGUUCGUCCACUGGUACGUCGGCGAGGGCAUGGAAGAAGGCGAGUUCUCGGAGGCGCGCGAAGAUUUGGCCGCGCUCGAGAAGGACUACGAAGAAGUGUCGGCCGAGACCGCCGAGGGCGAAGGCGAGGAAGAGGAGCUCGGCGAGGAGUACUAGACGGCUCCAAAAAAUAUGUAAGCAUCACAUACCAUUUCUCAUGCUACGACUCGAUGGUGUGUUGCGAA